GGAGGGAGAGAAAGCGAGGGAGCGUGUAAUCCCUCAAAAUGAAGGCUGUCUAGGUAGGCAGCUCGCUAGGAUUUGAGACACCGUCACCUCUGCGCCUCACAGAGCUCAAACCCUGACCGACUCACAGCGAGCUGAACCUGAGGAGAUACAGCAGGACAGCUCACACACACACACACACACACACACCAGGAGGGACUAUCUUUAACGUCACUCAACACCUUCGAGAGACCCCUACAGGUCAGUGCACUUCAAGACCACCUCUAGUGAGCAGCAGGUGAACACUGCAGAAGAGAACAGCUCGUUUACUUUGUGUCUGCUGACUUACAUACAUGCUGCACAGCCGUUUCAGUAUCAAAAAGCCACCAUUCACUUCGGAUAUGGUGGACACGCAGACGUUUGCCUGGCCCGUGGGAUUCGGCCUGAGCGCCCUGGAGCUGGACGAGCUGGACGACAGCUCGCACUCGAUGGACAUGAAGCCCUUCUCCACGCUGGACUACACCAGCAUCUCGGGCAUCGAGUACGAGCCGAGCCCGGCGCCGAGCGAGCCUCCUCACAUGAUGGACCUGACGCACAUGUACAGCUACAGAGCGCAGGAGAACUACAGCAUCUACAGAGCGCAGGAGAGCGGCUACGCGGCCGAGGAGAGCGGCUACAGAGCACAGCAGACCCAGAAUUCGAUCAAACUUGAACCCGAGUCUCCUCCUCAGUUCGUGGAGAGCAGCCUGUCGUUCUCCAGACCUCACGAAGACCCGUCCAGCUCCGUGCUGAACAUCGAGUGUCGUGUGUGUGGAGACAAGGCCUCGGGCUUUCACUACGGCGUUCACGCCUGCGAGGGCUGCAAGGGAUUCUUCCGCAGAACCAUCCGUCUGAAGCUGGUCUACGAUCACUGCGACCUGCACUGCCGCAUCCACAAGAAGAGUCGCAACAAGUGCCAGUACUGCCGCUUUCAGAAGUGCCUGAUGGUGGGCAUGUCACACAACGCCAUUCGUUUCGGCCGAAUGCCCCAAGCCGAGAAGGAGAAGCUGUUGGCGGAGUUCUCCAGCGACGCUGACCACAUGCACCCCGAGUCUGCGGACCUCCGAGCGCUGGCCAGGCAUCUCUACGAGUCCUACCUGAAGUACUUCCCCCUGACCAAAGCCAAGGCCAGGGCCAUCCUGUCAGGGAAGACCAGCGACAGCGCGCAGCCGUUCGUUAUCCACGACAUGAAGUCUCUGCUGGAGGGCGAGCAGAUGAUCAACUGCAGGCAGAUGCCGUCUCAGGAGCUCCGGCGGGCCGAGAUGGGCAUCAUGCACGAGGUGGAGCUGCGCUUCUUCCACAGCUGCCAGUCGCGCUCGGCCGAGGCUGUCAGCGAGGUCACCGAGUUCGCCAAGAGCAUCCCGGGCUUCGUGGGCCUGGACCUCAACGACCAGGUGACCCUGCUGAAGUACGGCGUCAUCGAGGUCCUCAUCAUCAUGAUGGCGCCGCUCAUGAACAAGGACGGCACGCUCAUCUCCUACGGGCAGAUCUUCAUGACCCGCGAGUUCCUCAAGAGCCUGCGCAAGCCCUUCUGUGAGAUGAUGGAGCCCAAGUUUGAGUUCUCCGUCAAGUUCAACACGCUGGAGCUGGACGACAGCGAGAUGGCUCUGUUCCUGGCCGUCAUCAUCCUCAGCGGAGAUCGUCCGGGUCUGCUGAACGUCAAGCCCAUCGAGGACCUGCAGGAGACGGUUCUUCACUCUCUGGAGCUGCAGCUGAAGACGAACCACCCCGACUCCCUGCAGCUGUUCGCCAAAGUCCUGCAGAAGAUGACGGACCUGCGGCAGCUGGUGACCGAUCACGUGCAGCUGAUCCAGCUGCUGAAGGAGAGCGAGGUGGACUGGUGCUUGCACCCGCUGCUGCAGGAGAUCAUGAGGGACCUGUACUAGCCGGACCGAUGCGCUCGUGUCGUUUGUGCACUGAAACCCUUCGCCGGCGGAGAAACUAGAGCAGCAGCCGCUUGGUGACGAGCGAGAGAGCCGUGUCAGAGAGGGCAGGACCACUGUGAAGACGCUCGACCGGCUGAUUUAAACCACACUUGUGUUUGUGCUUUCAUAGGCCUCGGACGGAAACGUGACACUCCUUAUUUCAUUUUUAAAACGACUUCAACACGGCGCUCUGCCAGUCUGAGACCACGGUGCAGGGGAUUUCUCCAGGUAACUAUGCAAAUAGAAAUACAUUUAUUUAUAUAGAAUUCACCGUGUUCAACUCCUUUAGAAAGACUGUUAAGUCAUGUAGCAUUUUCUGAUUCUUUUUGAUUAAUAUUGCAUAGAUAAUAUGGAAUUUAUAAUUAGUGCUGUCAAAUGAUUAAUUGCAU